AUGGUCAACAACAAGAAUUUCUCUAUGAAUUUGAUUUGUUUGCCUUUUUCUCAUCUUGAUGUGGUGUUGGGAAUGGAUUGGUUAUUGUCCAACCAUGUUAUUCUCAACUGUAAAAACAAGACCUUGAUCUUCGGUGCUUGUGCCCAAAAUAUCCUAGGAUCUUCAAGUUUAGAGAUCUCACAUGCAAGUGAAGCCAAAAGGGUAGAAAACGUUAAAGCCUUUAUGGUUUUGUCCAAUACCAAGGAGUCUCUUAAUAUUGGGGGGAUGCCUAUAGUAUGCAAAUUUCCUAAAGUUUUCCUUAGAGAUGUGAUUGAGUUACCACCUGAGAGGGCACUUGAAUUUGCCAUAAACCUAGUGCUUGGGUCUAGUCUUGUAUCGAUAGCACCAUACUGGAUGUCUCUGAUGGAGUUAGCUGAAGUGAAGAAGCAAGUAGAAGGGUUUUUGAAUAAACAGCUUGUGAGACCAAGUGUGUCAUCAUGGGGAGCGCCAACACUCUUAGUAAAGAAGAAAGACAAGAGCAUGAGGAUGUGUGCGGACUACCAAUAA